GUGUCUCUGUUCAGUGUUGUCAUUUCCAACAUGUCCAUCACUCCCGGAGAACGGAGCUUCAUGUCUUCUGUUUGUGAGCGUUGAUCCGUCACGAUGAGCGGCCUCUGUAGAGAAGUCAUCACCCUGCAGCUCGGACACUAUUCCAACUUUGUGGGGACUCACUGGUGGAACUUACAGGAUGCAUCUCUGUCAUACGACCCCGAGACGCCGCUGGGUGAGAUCCAGAACGAUGUCGUGUUUCGUGAGGGACAGACUCUGGGCGGACACGUCACCUACACACCUCGCCUCAUCGCCAUGGAUCUCAAAGGAAGUCUUCGGACUCUGCGUCAGGAGGGAAGUCUGUAUGACCCAGGCAAAGACACGUCAGCUGUCACAUGGAGGGAGGGGAGCCUCAUGAUGCAUAAAGAAAGUCCUCCUGCUAAGAACUCCUUCCUGGAGGAUCUGGACAAACUGGAUAAGGGAGAGAUACUCGCUGAGGCUGAUUUCUCCUGCAGCUCUCAGCCUCAGCGCUCAGCAGCAGCUUCACUGAGCGUGGACACAGUGAACAGUCGGCUGGCUCAGGUCCAGAAGGGCUACAGGCUGGAGGGCAACGUGAAGGUGUGGUCCGACUUCCUCCGGAUCCACCUGCACCCCCGCACCAUCUCCGUCAUCCACCAGUACAACCACGACGGGGAGGCUCACCGGCUGGAGGCCUUCGGUCAGGGGGAGGCUCUGCUGCAGGGCUCGGUGCUCGAGGACCUGGAGGACAAACUGCACUUCUUUGUAGAGGAGUGUGAUUAUCUUCAGGGUUUCCAGGUGCUGUGUGACAUGGCUGAUGGCUUUGCAGGCCUGGGGUCAAAGGUCACAGAGAUGCUGCUGGACUCUUACAGCGGGAGGGGCAUCCUGACCUGGGGGUUAGCUCCUGUCAGUCACCCCAACUCAACUCCAGUGAAGGACUUUUAUCACCUGUUGAACUGCACCUUAGCGACUGCUCACCUGUCCAGUCACAGCUCUUUCUUCUGCCCGCUGACUCUGAGAGGUGGUCUGGGCAGACGGCCCCCCUCCCCCACAGCCUUCCCCCACCUCAACUACGAUCCCUCGCUGUGGUACCACUCCAGCUCAGUCCUGGCUCUGGCUCUGGACGCCCUCACGCUGCCGUACAGGCUGAGGAACAACAGCGCCCCCAUGUGGCAGGUGGCCGACACUCUGGCCGUGUCGGGGAGGAAGGUGGUUGCUGCCUACGGCGCCGUCCCCUUUCCCAUGAUGCACGGCAGCUCGCUCCCUGACGCCCUAAGCGCCUGCACAGACGCUCUGCCCUGGAAACCUCUGUCGGCGUGCCCUGAGUCGGGCGACGGUCGAUGUUACGCCCAGUGGGCGACGCUCAAAGGCUUCGAAGGCCAGCGACUCAUCAGCGAUCUGGCUCCAGGGACUAAACCUCCCUCUCCUCUGCACAGCCUCCACAGUGGGGAGGACGUCCUGGGGUCCUACAUCAGAUCUUUCUAUCCCACGUCUCCUCUCGCUCUGCGGCUGGUGGCGACUCCCAGUAAACUGACCCCGCCGUUCCCUCAGAUCUUCCCUCAGUCCCUCGAUGAUCAGGGUUUCCUUCAGAGCCAGCCCCCCCCACUCGGCUCGCCGGCCUCUGUGGUUUCCUCCGUACCCGUCCUGACGUCCCUCCAGUCGGGGCCUGUUCUCGGCUCGUGGCUCUCGGAGCUGCACCGGGGCGCAAGCACCUUCGACAUCCGCCGCGUGGCCCCCAGCUUCCUCUCCCAGGGGCCCGAAAUGGCCGACUACGAGGAAGCCCUGGAGCAGCUGCGCCUGUUGUCGCGGUGUUACAGAGAUGACAGUGGUGGCGUGAUGCGCUCUUCCUCUGAAGAGGAUGAUGAUGACUGACAUGGACAGUAGACUGAUGAUACAGACACAGCUGUGCCUCUGGUUACUGAAGGAGCAGGACUGAAUCACAUGGUGACACAUAUGGAAUGACAUCUAAAUCAAUAUUCAAUAAACACAUAAAUAAGCUCUGAAAUAAAUAAAUUAGGUAACAAAGGUCAAAAUAUAUACAUACAUGUAAAUAUAUAAAUGAGUAAAUAGCUAUAUAAAUCAAUAAAUAAAUUGCUUUUUGUUUUAAAAAUGUUUCAGUGCUGUUGCUUUGGUCUGAAUCUGAGAUAACCACGCCCCCUCAUUUGAAUAUAACAUGCAAAUAAAAAGAGCUGGGAAGUUAAUGUGGUAUUAAAAAAUAAAAGUCUCCAGAAAUAAGUAUGAAUGUCAUUUUUAAAAUACAAAGCAAUUUUAUGUAUUUUUUUACUCACUGAUAUAUUUAUGUUUACAUUUAUUUAUAUAGUUUAACAUUUUUUACCUAAUUUAUUUAUUUAAGGAUUUAUUUCAUAGCUGUAUUUAUUAAAUAUUGAUUUAAAUGGUAUUCCAUAAACAAAGAGGUUAAAGUUUCUUUUGAGUUGAAAUAAACUGAUAAAACGAAGAUGCAGAAGAGGGACUAUGAAUGAAUUAGACCUCUGACGUGGGACAUGUCUAAUAUUGAGUGGAAUUAUGGAUGUAGUAACGUGAAUGUCAGGACGACGGUUACAUUUUCUCAAAUGUUUGUAAUUAAAUGUGUUUUAUACUAAAAUCACUGAUUUAUAUAAAUAGAUGCAGUUUUCACACGAAGCUCUGACCAUUCAUUCAUUUUGACUGAUGAGCACAGACGUUCACACAGUGCAGUGUAUGUCAACUAGAGUUCUCAUUGGCUGAGUCAACUAAGGAAGUAUUUCCCUGAUCAAACAAAUACUUAAUAUUUCUACUAAAUAUCAAAACUGAAAUUAAUCCAGUUGGCUAACCCUUUAACUGACACAUAGCCACCAUGUAAUUGACCACUGCAUCAGUUUGAAAGUAGAAAAUGUUUUAAUGUAUGUAAAGAAUGAGGCUGAUGAUUCUCUAAUUUUCACUCUUUAUUGUCGACAAAUCUCAAAAACACCAAAACCAACAGUCCCCUAAUCUGUAGCACUUACACCAAAGACCUUUUAUUCCUACUGCAGACAAAAAUAAAAAGUCCUAAAAAGUCAUAGUAUAGUAAGGCAGAAAAAUGUGUGUAUGGGUGUAUUUGCAUUUAAAUGAAAGCAUGCACAGUAACAGCUCAAAGAGUAAAACUGUAAGUAUAGUAUUGUGACGAUCCCUCACCCAGGGAACUAUGUGUGCCUGUUUCUUUUUGUCGCUUUCUCCUUCAGGUACUCAGUACAGGGAUCAGGAUCAGCCUGAUGCGAUGCACCUGGACCCGGUGUGAAGCGUAACGGUUUCCCCAUUCAGUCCUAACCCUCCUGGCACCCCAGAUGAAAGCUGUGGCCUUUAUUUUAUUUAUUGUUUUUUAGUUAUUGGUCGGCCUACAACUCAUUUUCCUUUGUGUAAAUAAAUUAUUGGAAUCUUA